GAGCAUAAUUGAAGCGUGCGGAUCCUUCCCUUGAAAUACAAAGCAGGGCACCAAAGUUGUUUGAACCGCUCAAACCUUAAUUCUCAGAAAGGUAGUAGAGAGUUAGAGACCGCCCUUGUCUCUCUCUCUUUCUUUCUCUUUCCUUCAUCUGCACAAACUUGGGAUUUUCCUCUCAAAUUUAUUCGUGAGCUGCAGAGUGUUGUAGAGUUUUACCAUGUUUGGCCGUGCUCCGAAGAAAAGUGAUAGCACCAAAUACUAUGAAAUUCUUGGUGUCCCAAAAAAUGCCACUCCAGAUGAACUCAAGAAGGCAUACCGAAAAGCUGCCAUAAAGAAUCACCCUGAUAAAGGUGGAGAUCCAGAGAAGUUCAAGGAAUUGGCUCAAGCUUAUGAAGUUCUUAAUGACCCAGAGAAGAGAGACAUCUAUGACCAGUAUGGGGAAGAUGCUCUUAAGGAGGGAAUGGGAGGUGGCGGUCAUUCUCACAAUCCAUUUGAUAUAUUUGAACAAUUUUUUAAUCCUUCAGCUUUUGGAGGUGGUAGCAGUUCGAGAUUUAGGAGGCAACAGCAAGGUGAAGAUGUGGUUCAAACUAUGAAGGUUUCCUUGGAGGACAUGUACAAUGGGACCACUAAGAAAUUAUCACUUUCUAGGAAUAUUCUGUGUCCUAGAUGUAAAGGGAAAGGAUCAAAAAGUGGGGCAUCUAGCCAUUGUAAUGGGUGUCAAGGUUCAGGUAUAAAGAUUACUACUAGACAAAUUGGUCUUGGUAUGAUUCAGCAAAUGCAGCAUGCCUGUUCAGAAUGUAGAGGCACAGGGGAGGUAAUCAGCCAAAAGGACAAAUGCCCACAGUGCAAGGCCAAGAAAAUUUCUCAGGAGAAGAAGGUGCUGGAGGUGCACGUGGAAAAAGGGAUGAAGAACGGUCAGAAAAUUGUAUUCCAGGGACAAGCAGAUGAAGCGCCAGAUACAGUGACUGGGGAUAUUGUGAUUGUGUUGCAAGAAAAAGAGCAUGCUAGAUUCAAGCGAAAGUUCGAUGAUCUCUAUGUUGAUCAUAAGCUGAGUUUGACCGAGGCUCUUUGCGGUUUCCAGUUUGUCCUGACUCAUCUUGAUGGGAGACAACUGUUGAUAAAAUCUAACCCGGGAGAGGUAAUCAAGCCUGACCAAUACAAGGCAAUCAACGACGAGGGAAUGCCACAUCACGAGAGGCCAUUCAUGAAGGGCAGAUUGUAUGUCCACUUCAAUGUGGAAUUUCCCAAUUCCUUGCCCCUUGAGCUAUCACAAGGUUUGGAGAAGAUAUUACCAGGGAAUCCCAGGAAACAGGUGACAGACAUGGAGGUGGAUGAGUGUGAGGAGACCACACUACAUGAUAUUAACAUGGAGGAGGAGAUGAGACGCAAGCAACAACAAAGAAACCAACAGGCGUAUGAUGAAGAUGAUGAUGAAGAUGAAGAACCUCGGGUUCAGUGUGCACAGCAGUAAUUUGAUGGUGCUGUUAUUACAGAUGAUGAAAUAUUUGAAAAUGGAAGCUUCUAUUAAAAGUAAAACCUUGUUUAAGUGGUGGUGAUUUUGAGUUUUGGGUAUCUAUUUUUGAUGUGUAUAGCUUCUACAUAGUUCGCAUACAAACUUGUAGUUGCUUCUAUUGAAUCUGACAGAUUUAUCUUUUGCUUAUUUCCUAUAAUGUUAUUGCUUUAAUUCAAGGUGUUUA